AUGGAGAUCAUCCCACAACCGCUGCCAUCACGAGACCCUAACGACCCUCUGAAUUGGCCCAGACCCUUGAAAUUUUGGAAUUUUGGCCUGGCCGCCUUCUACACCUUGAUGGUGUUUGCACUUAUCGAUGCGGCCACUCCGACUUGGGCUCCUAUGCAUGAGCAAUUGGGCUUCAGCUACGACAUUCUCAACACCAGUUAUGCUGUAGGUUGUGGUGCUCUUGCCAUUGGAGCUGUCAUCUUGAAUCCGUUCGCAUUGAAGUAUGGCCGACGACCAGUCUACAUCCUCAGCACCGCCAUUCAGUUCGGUGUAACGAUCUGGUCUGCACACCAGCAAACGGUGGCAGAUUUGAUGAUGGUCAACAUAAUAAGCUGUUUCGUGGGUGCACUCGCUGAAGUGGUUGUGCAAAUGACUGUGGCCGACGUAUUCUUCGUCAACCAGCGAGGCACCAUGAACGCUUUGUUCUUUUGGUCAACUCGAAUAGGAGCAUCACUCACGCCCUUGGCGGCUGGCUAUGUGACAACGUCUCAAGGUUGGCGCUGGGUAUGGUGGUGGAUUGCCAUCUUCUUUGGUUUGCUCCUGCUGGCCAUGGUAUUUGGCUAUGAGGAGACGAAGUUCAUCUUGCCUCCGAUUAGUGGUAUCGGCCAUUCUGAUGAGGGUACAGGGAAAGUCGACGAGAACUCCAAAAGUCCUGAGUUACACAGAGAUGCUCCAUCGAACAGGGGGACCAGCCUCAAGCUGAACGGUCCAUACAUUGAACAAGAGAUGCAACAUGCCUACACAGAAGUUGUUGGCGAUGCUAUGGUCGGAAUUACCUUCGUUCGGAACAUAUGCUCCUUCAUCAUCAUAUUCGCUCUACCUCAGUGGAUCGCUUCUUCAGGAGUUCAGACUGUGUACAUCACAAUUGGCGUCUUAAUAACUGCCAUUCUGUUCGGAAGUGGGCUAUUUAUCGCCUUUGGGAAGAAGUGGAGGUUUCGCUUUCGCUUGAUGUACCGUCACUUCGCCCGGAGACAGUUUGAGCCUCGAGCGCUGUGA